GCGCACUCCUUUGGACGACGACCAUGGACUGGAGUAGUGUCCAUUUCGAUGUGAAAACUUUUAGCAUUUAGUUUCGACUCAAGAAAAACGGAGCGAGGUGGUGGAGCUGCUCUGAGCAGGAAUGGGGGAGAUAGAGGGUUCAUACCGGGUCCUGCAGACCCCUGGCACAAGGCUAGGAGCCCAAUUCAAUGCUGGUGUCAGCACGUUGGAGCCGGGCCAGAGCCUCAGUGGCAACAUGGCCAGCGGGAGCAAAAGCCACGGACGAGGACUACAAAUCCGUGUGCAGGGCCUGGACGACUCACAGGAGUUCUUUGAUGUGGACCCAAAAGCUUUUGGACAGGCCUUCCUCUCUGAGGUUUUCCUGCGAGGUAACCUCAUAGAGCGUGAUUACUUUGGCCUCGAGUUUCAGAACAUGCAGAUGAACUGGGUUUGGUUGGAACCCACAAAACCCAUCAUGAGACAAGUCAGAAGACCAGCAAAUACGCUAUUUAGACUGUCAGUGAAAUUCUUUCCUCCAGACCCAGGUCAGCUGCAGGAAGAGUACACGAGGUACUUAUUCUCCCUGCAGAUGAAAAGAGAUCUAAUGGAGGGCCGCUUGAUCUGCACAGAAAGUACUGGAGCCCUGCUUGCCUCUCACCUUGUCCAGUCUGAGAUCGGAGACUAUGAUGACGUAGCAGACAGGGACUUCCUGAGGAUGAACAAGCUGUUGCCUUACCAAGAGAAGGUGCAAGAGGGGAUCAUGGAGCUCCACUGCCGGCAUGUGGGCCAGACUCCAGCUGAAUCAGAUUUCCAAAUCCUGGAGAUUGCUCGUAAACUGGAGAUGUACGGAGUCCGCUUCCACCCAGCAGCUGACCGAGAGGGCACCAAGAUCAAUCUGGCUGUCGCUCAUAUGGGCCUUCAGGUUUUUCAGGGUCACACAAAAAUAAAUACCUUCAAUUGGUCCAAGAUUCGUAAACUGAGCUUUAAGAGAAAACGUUUCCUGAUCAAGCUCCACCCAGAGGUUCAUGGUCCGCAUCAGGACACUCUUGAGUUUAUGAUGGCCAGUCGAGACCAGUGUAAAAUCUUCUGGAAGAUCUGUGUGGAAUACCACUCAUUUUUCCGUCUCUUUGACCAACCCCAGCCCAAAUCCAAAGCUGUCCUUUUCACUAGAGGCUCUUCGUUCAGAUACAGUGGAAGGACACAGAAGCAACUUGUGGAUUAUGUCAGGGAAAAUGGAGCGAAGAGAACCCCAUACCAGAGGAGGAACAGUAAAAUACGAAUGUCUGCUCGCUCCCUAGCCACAGAUGUGCCAAAACAGAACUUGUCAUUCAAUGACAGUCUCAGGGCCCCAGGCUCCCCUUCCUCAGCUACUGUGUCCUUCCACCCAGCGCACAUCUCCAGUUUUCCCCCGCGAAAAGAACUCCAGCCUCAACCCCAGCCUUUGACCACACUGAGCCAGUCUCCAGCGUCUCCCCAGCAGCAACAGCUUCAGUCCCCUCUUCAAGCUACCAGACCCCCCAGCCCUCCGAAGGACGACCCUGUCAAGGCCGCUUCCCCAUCUCACUACGGUUUUCAAGGAGAUUCGGUCGUGGACAGCCCCCAACUCUCCCCCUCACCCUUCAACUCCAAGGGUCCCCUCUGCAUGUCGCCCUCCUUCCAGAUGUCGACCCUCAGCCUGCCGGGCCAGGCUGUGACGCCUCUGCAAAGCCCCAUCCUGAGCGAGGUGGGCACCAAUGCCAGGCUAGAGGAGGAGGAGGAGGGCAGGAGGAAGCGAUAUCCCACCGAUAAAGCCUACUUCAUUGCCAAAGAGAUUCUGACCACAGAGCGAACGUACCUGAAAGACCUUGAAGUCAUCACAGUGUGGUUUCGCAGUGCUGUGAUCAAAGAAAACGCCAUGCCCGAAGGUCUGAUGACCCUCCUUUUCUCCAACAUCGACCCCAUCUACGAGUUCCACCGAGGCUUCCUCAAGGAGUUGGACCAGAGGCUGGCUCUCUGGGAGGGUCGCUCUAACGCUCACGUCAAAGGGGACUACCAAAGGAUUGGUGAUGUGAUGCUGAGGAACAUGUGUUCUCUUAAGGAAUUCACCAGCUACCUACAGAAGCACGACGAGGUGUUGACAGAGCUGGAGAAAGCCACCAAGAGGCUGAAGAAGCUGGAGACUGUUUACAAAGAGUUUGAGCUGCAGAAGGUCUGCUACUUACCCCUCAACACAUUCCUGCUCAAGCCCAUCCAGCGCCUCAUGCACUACAAGCUCAUCCUGGAGAGACUAUGCAAGCAUUAUUCUCCUGCACACCGCGAUCACGAUGACUGCAAGGAGGCUCUGAAGGAGGUGGCGGAGAUAGCGACUCAGCUCCAGAGCAGUCUCAUCCGGUUGGAGAAUUUCCAGAAGCUAACCGAGCUGCAGAGAGACCUGAUUGGAAUAGAGAACUUAACAGCACCGGGCAGGGAAUUCAUUCGAGAGGGAUGUCUGUACAAGCUCACCAAGAAGGGGCUGCAGCAGAGAAUGUUCUUCCUGUUCUCAGACAUGCUCCUCUACACAAGCAAAGGUGUUACAGCGACCAAUCAGUUCAAAGUGCACGGACAGCUGCCUCUUCACGGCAUGAUCGUUGAGGAAAGUGAGAAUGAGUGGUCAGUGCCACACUGCUUCACCAUUUACUCAGCUCAGAGGACCAUUGUGGUGGCUGCCAGCUCUAAAGUAGAGAUGGGCAAGUGGAUCGAGGAUCUGAACAUUGCCAUCGACAUGGCCAAGAAGUCACAGGAGAAAUCCAGCAUCUUCCUCGAUCCAGGACUCAGCGAUCACUCCAACCGAUCGUCUGACGAGGUUUCUCUGGAGCAGGAGUCGGAGGAUGACAUGAACUCCUCCCGCACCUCACUGGAUAAGCAGACGCAUCACCGUGCCAACACAACCAUGCACGUGUGCUGGCACCGCAACACCAGCGUGUCUAUGUCUGAUCACAGCCUGGCUGUGGAGAACCAGCUGUCAGGUUACCUCCUGAGAAAGUUCAAGAACAGCAACGGCUGGCAGAAACUCUGGGUGGUUUUCACCAACUUCUGCCUAUUCUUCUACAAGACUCACCAGGAUGACUUCCCGCUGGCUAGUCUGCCUCUGCUCGGCUACACGGUCAGCACACCGGAGGAGUCGGACAGCAUUCACAAGGAGUACGUCUUCAAACUGCAGUUCAAGUCUCAUGUUUACUUUUUCCGGGCAGAGAGCGAGUACACCUUCGAGAGAUGGAUGGAGGUGAUCAAGAGUGCAGCCAGCACCACGGGCCGGAUGAGCCUGCUCAUACCUAAAGGAGGUCCCAUGGAGAUAAACGGAAACUGAAUCAAACAUGAUGUUGCACCUGGAGGCUGGGCCUCUAGCACAUCAUCAUCAUCAUCAAAGACUCUGUUCAGUCUCUUACUCUGUUAUUUUCAACUGAAUCAAAGAUUUGGAACAAUAACAAGCAGCGACUGAUUGAAGUGUUAACAUGAGUUAUAAUGAUCUGUGCGUUUUUUUGUUGUUGUUUUUUUUUUCUUGAUUAAUGAUGUAAAUGAUAACAUUUGUACGAGUAUACAGGAUAUAAUGAAAGGGAGACGUGUA